AUGAACCACGCAGGCAUGGAUCACGGCGAUAUGGACCACGGCGACCACGGCGGCAUGGAAGACAUGUGCAGCAUGAGCAUGCUCUUCACAUGGGACACCACCAACCUGUGCAUCGUAUUUCGCCAGUGGCACAUUCGCUCAACGCCAGGCCUCAUAUUCUCCCUAGCCGCCGUCGUCCUUCUCGCCAUGGGCUACGAAGCGCUGCGUGCCCUGUCACGACGGUUCGAAGCAAGUGUCGACAGACGCAUGUCCGCCCUGCCUCGAUCCAGCCAUCCGGACAUUGGCAAGCAAGGGCACCUCAUCAAGGCUGUUUUCUACGGUGUCCAGACUUUCUACGCAUUCAUGCUCAUGCUCGUUUUCAUGACAUACAAUGGCUGGGUAAUGCUUGCAGUGUCGCUGGGUGCCUUUCUGGGCUAUCUGUUCUUUGGUCACUGCACAUCUGCCACCAAGGACAACGCAUGCCACUGA